UUAUAUAUAACAAUAAAUGUAGCAGGUAACUGCAACCCCAUUAACAGGGAAAACCUUGUAUUCAUAAACUCAGAUUCAAUAGCUUGAAGGAGAAGCAUGCCAAAGAUGAGAAGACAAAUCGCUGUCCUUAUUCUCUUUACACUCCUCAUGAUGCUUUCAGAUUCUGCACUGAAUCAUGUUACUGCUAAUGCUCAGGAUAUUCAGCCAGUUCAGUUCAAGCUAAAAACCCUACAGACUAUCCCACGUAGUGAACAUAUAACUUCAUGGGGUGAAGAAAAGAGGACUCGCAGAAAGCACCCAUCAGGGCCUAACCCAGUAGGGAAUCACCUCCCACAGACUAAACCAUAGAGAUGGAAAUUGGAGCCACUCCUUUGGAAUCAGUUUUCAGUAGAGACAUCAAUGCUCGCUCUUACUUCCGAGUUUCGACUAAGUGGGGAUCAAAACAUUUAUGUACACUGGAAAUUUCUUUUAGGAACAUUGUGCCUGUAAAAUAUCCACUAGUGUAUGUUGGGAAAUAGGCAGUGCCAUUAGCACCAUCGUACCAGGCACUACUAGUAGGGAUUGGACUUAAGCUAUUCUACCUGAUUUUAUAGCUCUGAUCUUUCUAUCUGCAGCACUCUUUUCGUCCACUAGUUCUAAACUAUACAAUCAGUUUCAUGUUAAAUUUAUAAUAAAAUACGGUCAUCCUUCAAAUAAGAAGAGCUGCAAAUAGAAAACGCAUUCUGCUCAAUACAUUUUAUUUGAUGGGACGAUGAGUACCAAUAAGACUAUUUUUCUUGUACCCAUCGGAUACUUAUCACUCAAUCACCAUAGGAAGGAUGGUAUAUUAUGGUAAUAAAGUGAUAUGUAAACGAUCAGUACAAGAAAAGCAAGCCACAAAUAUUUUGUCCACUGAGAAAUGCUGUUAAA